AUGGCCGCGCCACCAGAAAACCAAGCUGCGUGGGAUCGUGGCCAUCCGCAGUUUUUGGACGCAAUUUUGGCCUGUUUCCCAGAUAUUUCCCACGAGCAUACGUUAGAGCUCGGUCAUAAGUUUGGCUGGGACGUCGAACGGGUUGUUGUCCACAUCCUGGAUGAGCAGGAGCAGGGUAGGCAGUAUCCCAAGCAGCCCAAACCCUCCAAGCGGAAACGCGAAUCCGAGGACGAGAAUGAGGACCCCGAAGCGAGGCUGCGCAAGAGGUUUGGAGCUAUUGAACCACCAUCUGAGAAUUAUUUUAUCGACUAUAUUAGCGCGGGGAAGAUGUUGCUCAGAAAUUCCUUUCCCAACCUCUAUGCCCAGGACAUUGACAAUCUCUUCAAAGCCAAUAACUACAAGUUCUACGUGACUUAUCUGGCUCUUGAUAAGAAGUCCAGGGGAGAGGAUAGCGUCGCUCCCCUUAGACAGAAGAAGUUCCCUCCACGAAACACUCCGUCUAUUGAUAGCCUCCCGAGGAGCAACCGCGAGGGUGAAAGGGAUGCUUACGCCGAGUAUGAAGCCGUCAAAGCCGUGGUCGAGGCAAAAGCUGCCAAGCGAGCUGAAGAGAAGCGCAAAGCCCAAGAGGAAGAGGAAAACUUCCAGCGCGCCAAGGCCGAGGGGACCGUUCUGGAAUGCCAAUGCUGCUUCGGCGAGUAUGCUCAGAACAGAAUGUUCCACUGCAAUGGCGACGUCUUCCACUGGUUUUGCAAAGAUUGCGGCAGGGCCAUGGCUGAAACCGCUAUCGGUCUGCAAAAGUAUGAGCUUAAGUGUGUGUCCACGGACGGUUGCGAAGGUACCUUUAGCAAGGACCAGAAGGACCUGUUUCUCGACGAAAAGCUUGUCCUGGCGUUGGACAGAAUCGAACAGGAGGCCGUCCUCCGGAUGGCAAAUAUCGAGAAUCUGGAAAAGUGCCCCUUCUGUCCGUAUGCUGCUGAAUGCGUUCCAGUACAGGAAGACAAGGAGUUUCGGUGCGAAAAUCCCGACUGUGGAAUCGUCAGUUGCCGUCUAUGCAAGGAAGAAACCCACAUCCCCAAAACCUGCGAGGAGGUUGCGCGCGAGAAGGGGUUAUCGGCUCGCCGUAAGAUUGAGGAAGCGAUGUCUGCCGCUCUCAUCCGCAAGUGCAACAAAUGCGGUACGCCUUUCAUCAAAGAAGCCGGCUGCAACAAGAUGACUUGCAGCCGCUGCGGCAACGUUCAGUGUUAUGUCUGUUCAAAGUCGUGCGACUACAGCCACUUCGAUGACCGCACCAGGGGCGGCAAGCCUGGCAACUGCCCGUUAUUCGACAGCGUUGAGGAGCGACAUGAGAACGAGGUUCAAGCUGCCGAGGAACGAGCCCGAAAGCAGCUUGUCGAAGAGAACCCUGGAGUUAAUGAAGAACUUCUCAGGUUCAACUUCUCUACUAAGGUCAAGGAAGAUGAUCGGAGACGCAAGGCUGCCAACCCAGGCCCUCCUCCGCCUGGUCGUCGUGCUGCCGCCGUCCCUCCCCCACGCCCCCAGCAGCCACGGCGUGAUCCCAAUCGGCAUCAGCAAGUCUUCCCUCCGCAACCACAGCCCGUACAGGUCGCUGCACCACAGGCGUCCAAUGCCCCUGCACGGGCUCCCCAACAUGUAGCAGCGCCGCAACAAGCAGCAACCGCCCAACACGGAGUCGCACUUCCGCCUUUUGGAGCUGUGUGGCCAGGUAACCAUGUUCUCCCUCCUCCACCAGUUGUCCCGUUCCCGGUUUUGCCCCCUCCCGGCUUUCCGGCUAGGCCCGUCAACCCUGUGCCAGAACAGAAUCAACAAGGCUAUAACAUCCCAGCUGCUAGGCCAGGUGCAGCCCCUACACAACAGGUCUUCCAGCCAAGACAGAACCCGAACCUCAAUCAACCCGUUGCUCACCCGCGAGUCGCCCAGCUGGGAGCAAACAACCAGCAUCUCUAUGUUCAAGCCCUGCACGCUGCUGCUGCUGGGUUGCAGCAAGAUGCGAAUGAAGCCGUUUCUCAGGCGGCUCGACUCGCCCAGGCACCAGCACAACCAUCGCAGCAAGUGCCUGCAGCCAACGUCAACCAGAACCUUAAGAACGCUCCUCGGCCGGCGGCUCUCCCAGCUAAACCUGCUCAACCCAUCCUUUAUCAAAAUUCCCGCGAUGCUGCUGCCGCUUCUCAACGGCUCGCCAGUCAACAUGCUCGCGUUGCUACGAGCCCUGCGGUUAGACAAGCACGUUCAGCACAGGCACCAGCUGGCCAAAGUGGCGUUAAGGUCGCCAGGUCUGCUGCUGCCUCAGCAGGGGCACCGCAGGCACAAGCUGGGCAAAGUGGCGCUAGAACCGCAAGACUCGUUGCUACACCUUCGCCGCACCUUCAUCAGCCGGGUGAGCGUCAGAGUCACUCUCAAUCGAUUCUUCAGCAUGUCGCCGCGGCUCUUUCUCCCGUCCCUCCAUUGCCACGCACGCCGCAACAAGGUCCCGGUCAAACUGAGAAUAGCGACAAUCAUGGCUCGGCGGCUAAAGAGGGAUCGUCUUCGUCUUCGUCCAAGCCCAUGGUUAUUGACCUGACCGGGGACGAAGAAGAUGAUGAUGACAAACGGGCUCACCGUGCUUCAGCACCAUCAACUUUUCAGUCACAGAGCGGUAUAGCCUAG